UGCUCAUGCAGAUCUGCUGGCUGUAAAAACAGGUCUGUGAGUCAGCUGAUGUUGCCGGCGCGCCAGCUCGUUGAUAUCUCCGGUGUGUGGACUGCUCGGGACUUAGGCACUACGAAACCCUGCGAAAGAAGAUGAAGAAAACCAGAGAAAAAGUCUACAACAGAGAGAGGGAAUUUGUGUAUAAAUUCAAAGUAGGAACUCAAUGCUUAGAACUGAGGGUACCUCUCAAAUUUCCUGUUCAAGAGAAUGCGAGUCAUUUACAUGGACGUCUGAUGCUGCUUCACAGUUUACCAUGCUUUAUAGAAAAAGACUUAAAAGAAGCUCUGAGCCAGUUUAUAGAAGAAGAAUCCCUCAGAGAUUAUGAUAGAGAUGCUGAAGCAUCCCUGGAAGCUGUGAAAUCAGGUGAAGUUGAUUUACAUCAGCUGGCCAGUACGUGGGCCAAAGCUUAUGCUGAGACCACAUUAGAGCAUGCAAGGCCUGAAGAGCCCAGCUGGGAUGAAGAUUUUGCAGAUGUAUACCAUGACCUAAUCCAUUCUCCGGCCUCUGAAACUCUUCUAAAUUUGGAACAUAAUUACUUUGUUAGUAUCUCAGAACUGAUUGGUGAAAGAGACGUGGAGCUGAAAAAGUUACGAGAGAGACAAGGUAUUGAAAUGGAAAAAGUGAUGCAGGAAUUGGGGAAAUCACUGACAGAUCAAGACGUAAAUUCACUGGCUGCUCAGCAUUUUGAAUCCCAGCAAGACUUAGAAAAUAAAUGGUCAAAUGAAUUAAAACAAUCAACUGCCAUCCAAAAACAAGAAUAUCAGGAAUGGGUGAUAAAACUUCAUCAAGACCUAAAAAACCCCAACAACAGCUCCCUCAGUGAGGAAAUUAAAGUUCAACCGAGUCAGUUCAGAGAAUCCGUAGAAGCAAAUGGAAGGAUUUAUGAGGAGCAGAGAAAGUUGGAAGAAAGUUUUACCAUUCACUUAGGAGCCCAGUUGAAGACCAUGCAUAAUUUGAGAUUGCAGAGAGCAGAUAUGCUGGACUUCUGUAAGCACAAAAGAAAUCACCGAAGUGGCGUGAAACUCCAUCGACUCCAGACUGCACUGUCACUUUAUUCCACCUCUCUCUGUGGCCUGGUUUUACUUGUAGACAAUCGAAUCAAUUCAUAUAGUGGUAUUAAAAGAGAUUUUGCCACAGUUUGCCAAGAAUGUACUGACUUCCAUUUUCCCCGGAUCGAAGAGCAACUGGAAGUUGUCCAGCAGGUGGUACUUUAUGCUAGAACCCAACGAAGGAGUAAGUUGAAAGAAUCACAUGAUUCUGGAAACCGAAAUGGAGGAAGUGACGAUAAGGCUAAAAAUUCUGACAGGAACUAUUUAAAUAUUUUACCUGGAGAAUUUUAUAUUACACGGCAUUCUAAUCUCUCUGAAAUACAUGUUGCUUUCCACCUUUGUGUGGAUGACAAUGUGAAAUCGGGAAAUAUCACUGCUCGAGAUCCUGCCAUUAUGGGACUCCGAAAUAUACUCAAGGUUUGCUGUACCCAUGACAUCACAACAAUAAGCAUACCUCUCUUGCUGGUGCAUGAUAUGUCAGAGGAAAUGACUAUACCAUGGUGCUUAAGGAGAGCAGAACUGGUGUUCAAGUGUGUCAAAGGUUUCAUGAUGGAAAUGGCUUCUUGGGAUGGAGGUAUUUCCAGGACGGUGCAGUUUCUGGUACCACAGAGUAUUUCUGAAGAAAUGUUCUAUCAACUUAGUAACAUGCUCCCCCAGAUCUUCCGAGUGUCAUCAACGCUUACUCUGACGUCCAAGCACUGAACCCUUAGAGACUGACACUCUGGCAGAAGACUGCCAAACUCUCCAGGAACCUGAGCUGUGCUGGGCUUCUGUCAAGCAAAAGAUGCCCGGAAAGAGAACUUGCAAUCCAAGCCACAAAUCAAAUCAUGAUGUAUGUCUGUGAAACCUUCCAAAAAUUCAUAUACUGUAUAGUCUAGUGAUCAGCAUUUUACUUAUAUAUUUACUCUUAAAAUGCCUUUUUGAAAGAAAUCUUUCUUUCUACUGUUAUGUCCUCUCUGUGAAUAUUAGUAAGUUAAAACAUCCUAUAUAUCAUAUCUGGACACUUGAUGUAGGAGAUUGUUGAUUACAUUUUCAUGGAGACAUUUGACUUUUCCAAAAGGUUUGAAUCCUAUCUAGUGCAAGACUUAAUCAGCCAUAUGAAUAAAAUCUUCCCUUUACCUUAUUUGCCAAGUGAAAAUUAAAAGACAUUGAGAUACACA